AUGAUUGCUAUUACGACCACAUACGAGUUCAAAAUACAAACAUAUGAUCUGAAAAAUCGGGUAUGCAAUUUCCGUCUUGAUGGUAGAAACGAGAGUGUGGAUCUUUUUGAAAUAGACUUUUCUCUGCAACACAGGAUGACACAAAAUUACCCGACUGAAAAAAAAACGAGUAUAUCUUCAUACAUAAGUAUCUUGAAAGCAUGA